UAGGACGAAGCUCUGGUUUCAUCUCGUCACAGGACCAGCCCAGUGGAAGGUUGAAAUGCCAGAUCCAAGCACUGAGGUCAAGAUGAGCAGUAAACCCCCAUCUAAAAGCCAUGUUGGGCCAGUCCCGAAGAGGUUCUGUUCAAAUCUAUUCCUCAGCAUCAAGUUCUUUGUGCUCUGCCACAGCCUCCUGCAGCUGGCCCAGCUCAUGAUUUCAGGCUACCUGAAGAGCUCCAUCUCCACCAUAGAGAAGCGCUUUGGCCUAUCCAGUCAGACCUCAGGACUCCUGGCUGCCUUCAAUGAGGUGGGAAACACAGCCCUCAUCGUGUUUGUGAGCUACUUUGGGAGCCGGGUCCACCGGCCCCGUCUGAUUGGCCUUGGAGCUAUCCUAGUCGCGCUGGCAGGGCUCCUCAUGAGCCUUCCCCACUUCAUCGCUGAGCCCUAUCGUUAUGACCACGUUGACCUUGACCUGCCUCAGGACUCUGCUUCUUCCCUCUGCACGCCGUCCCAGACCCCAGCACUGGCCUCCAUCCCAGCCCCAAGCAAUAGCAGCUGUGCCUCAUAUUCGGAGGCUCCACAGAUGGUGGUGGUGGGGCUCAUGUUCCUGGCACAGACUCUGCUUGGUGUGGGUGCUGUGCCCAUCCAACCCUUUGGAAUUUCCUACAUUGAUGACUUUGCCCACUCCAACAACUCUCCCCUCUACUUAGGAAUCCUGUUUGCUGUGACUCUCAUUGGACCAGGGAUGGCUUAUGGGCUUGGAGGCCUCAUGCUGAGGUUUUAUGUGGAUAUUGAUCGGAUGCCUGAAGGAGGCAUCUCUCUAACUCCAAAGGACCCUCGCUGGGUGGGCGCCUGGUGGCUGGGAUUCUUGGUCUCUGCCGGUGCUGUGACCUUGACGGCUCUCCCUUAUUUCUUCUUUCCCCGGGAAAUGCCAAAGGAAGAGAAGGAGCUUAGUUUCGGGAAAAAGAUCUUAUCUUCUUUGGAUAAUAAAGGAGAGAACUCUCUCAUCAACCACGGAGAAGGUAACUCCCCAAACAAAGAGAAGGAUGGAGAGGCCCAGCUUGCCCCAGACCUCACCGUGAUACAGUUCAUCAAAAUCUUUCCCCAAGUGUUGCUACGGAAUCUACGCCACCCCAUCUUCCUCCUGGUGGUGCUGGCCCAGGUCAGCAUGUCUUCCAUGGUGGCCGGAAUGGCCACCUUUCUGCCCAAAUUCCUGGAGCGCCAGUUCUCUGUCACUGCCUCCUUUGCCAACCUGCUCAUCGGCACCGUGAGCAUCCCUGCAGCCAUAUUGGGCAUCGUGGCUGGAGGGGUCCUGGUACAGCGCCUACACUUGGGCCCCACACGCUGUGCAACUGUUGGUGUAGUGGGAGCCUUUACUUGCCUGCUGCUCGGCCUGCCACUCUUCUUCAUGGGCUGCCCCACUCACCCUAUCGCCAAUGUCUACAGCCCCAGUACUCUUCCUGAAAAUGAGGAGUUCCUAAUCUGUACCCAGCUGUGCUCCUGCUCCAAGAGUGACUUCAACCCUGUGUGUGACACCAGGAGCCACACCGAGUAUGUCACCCCCUGUCAGGCUGGCUGCACAGGGGUUCAGGAUGAUCCAGGCCCAGGUCAAGGCUCAGUUAUCUAUACCAACUGCAGCUGCCUCCUUUCAGGGAUAAGAAGUAGUUCAGUCAUCUCUGGAUCCUGUGAAUCAUCCUGCAGUCACCUGGUGUAUCCUUUCAUCCUCCUCAUCAGUCUUGGAGGGGCCGUAGCCAGUGUCUCUCAUACACCUGCCUUCAUGCUCAUCCUGAGGGGAGUAAAGAAUGAAGAUAAGUCUUUGGCUGUUGGAAUCCAGUUCAUGUUGCUGAGAGUUUUAGCCUGGAUGCCCAGCCCUGUGCUCCAUGGCAGUGCCAUUGACACUGCCUGUGUCCUCUGGGCUGAUACCUGUGGGAUGCAGUCCCUUUGUCGAUACUAUGACCAUGAUCUCCUCAGACAUCGGUUCAUCGGGCUUCAAUUCUUCUUCAAGCUGGGCACACUGAUUUGCUUCACCCUGGUGUUCACCAUCCUACGACAGCAGAAUAAGGAGCCUGCCUGCUCUAAAUCCCAUCAUGACUCUGUUCCCCAGGAAGAGAAGUUGGCCCUUAAGUUAGAGAAGAAUUCCGGGGAAUCCAAAGUGUGA